CUCCAAGUGGAAAGCAUCAAAUCCCAUGCUUAUUCACAAUCAUUCAUCAACUUUUUUUUUUCCAUUAGAUCGAUCUUAUAGGAAGACGACCAUUUUUGUAUGAAAAUUUACAAUUCUCUUUUAAAACCACUGACAAAAUUCGCUACGUAUUAUUUCCUACUAAAAACACCUGUUGCCAUAUGUCGGAAGUCCAGAAUUAUUAUUACAAGUAGAUGAACGAGAACUCGCAUGAUUACGAUAAAAGAAGAGUAGAAGACAAAACCUCAUUUCGUGCAUCGUCAGAACUUUUCAUGCCCAUGUAAAAUUAUAUAUUUCCUUGUAUUGUUUGGCUAAGAUUUUAUCACGUGUCGUAUCAUCAUUCGUUCUAAGUGGAUACUCAAGGGGACCACACGGAUAGAACAAGCUCAUGUGAAGCCAUAUCAUCACCAACCACAAAGACAAGAGUGACAACUAGAGAGAGAGAGAGAAAGUAGAGAGAGAGAAAUGGCGUCUAAGCUCUGCGACUCAUGCAAAUCAGCGACCGCGGCGUUAUACUGCCGUCCAGACGCAGCGUUUCUCUGCCUCAGCUGCGACUCGAAGAUCCACGCGGCUAACAAACUCGCGUCUCGCCACGCGCGCGUGUGGAUGUGCGAAGUCUGCGAGCAAGCGCCAGCUCACGUCACGUGCAAGGCCGACGCCGCCGCCCUCUGCGUCACGUGCGACCGAGACAUCCACUCCGCUAACCCCUUGGCUCGCCGCCACGAGCGCGUCCCCGUGACGCCUUUCUACGACUCCGUCUCCGACUCCGACGGCUCCGUCAAGCACGCCGCCGUGAACUUCCUCGACGACUGUUACUUCUCCGACCUCGACGGGAACGCGAGCCGCGAGGAGGAGGACGAGGCCGCCUCGUGGCUGCUCCCGAACCCGAAGACGACGGCGGUGGCGGCGACGGCGGUGCCGGGAGAUGAGCCGGAGAUGAACACGGGGCAGCAGUACGUGUUCUCGGAUCUUGAUUACGGGAGUGUGGAUCCGAAGGUGGAGUCGCAGGAGCAGAAUAGCUCCGGUGCCGACGGGGUGGUUCCGGUGGAGAAUCGGACGGUUAAGGUCGCGGCGGCGGUGAACGGGAGUUGCUUCGAGUUGGAUUUCAACGGAGGAUCCAAAGGCUUUACUUACGGUUACAAUUCCAUCAGCCACAGCCAGGUAUCAUCAUCGUCGUUGGAAGUGGGAGUGGUGCCAGAUGGAGGCUCAGUGGCAGACGUUUCGUACCCUUACGUUAGUGUUGCAACCAGUGGAACUGAUCAGGUGACUCAGAGGGCAGUUCCGUUAACGGCAGCGGAGAGAGAGGCGAGAGUGAUGAGGUACAGAGAGAAGAGGAAGAACAGGAAGUUCGAGAAGACGAUAAGGUAUGCUUCGAGGAAAGCUUACGCGGAGAUGAGACCUAGGAUCAAGGGAAGGUUUGCGAAGCGGACGGAUACGAGUGAGAGCAAUGACGUGGUUGGUCAUGGUGGUAUCUUUAGCGGGUUUGGACUUGUACCUACAUUCUAGAGAUUGUGUGUGUGAGAGAGAAGAGAGACUCUAAAAUUGUGUUUGGUGUCGUUUUAGUAAUAAGUUUAUAACGAACUUUUUUUUUUAUUUUAUUGCUUGUUUUUGUUGAUGAGUUUCUAGUUGUUAUGGUUGGGAGGGAGAAGGGAAUGAGUGGUGUUUCUAUGUAACUUGUUUGUGUAUAUAUAUUAUGACUUUGAACAUGUUUAGCUUAUGCAAUAUUUAUAUUUUCUUCCAUCUG